CUUUUCUAAUCUACACGUGAGUGUCAUAAUAGACGUUUGAAAUUUGAAUGUGAGUUUGCCGGUUUUAUUGCUUAAUUGAAUUCUUAUUCUGCUGUUUUGAAUCGCAGAAAAAAGCCAUGAAUAAAUUAACACUUCCUCCUUGUCCUGGUUGGGUUAAUAAUAAUAUCGUAACUUGUUCACCUGAUGGAAUUUUGAUUUAUGGAUCUCGAAAUAAUAAUAUUGUGCUAGUAUAUCCCGCCAAACAACCAAAUGAGGCUGCUGAUGUAAAGUUUAUUUACCAUGUAACACUUCCAAAAGAAAGAUUAAUUGGAGUAGCGAUUGACACUGAUAACUGGCCAAAGGAAAAAUAUGUCGCAUCUGCUGGGACAGAUAAUGUUGUAAAAUUAUGGGAUGUCGAAAAUUUCACAUUAAAAUUAGUAAAUAAUGUGCAUAAGGACACAUCUGGAAAAUGCGUGGCAAUAAACUUUGUAAAUAAUACAGUGAUUAGUAUCACUGAUGAUGGUCAAAUAUCCAUAUGGAAUGUAUUAACAAAUUCUGUACGGUUACUAAAAAAUAAUUUAUGUCAUAAAGUGAAAAUUUCAUGUAUGGCCACCAGUCGAUUGAAACCAUAUUUAACGUGUGUGGGAACUAUUUAUGGUGAUGUUUUUGUUAUUCAAACUAAAGGUAAAGGAAAAGUUUUACAUCGUGUAAAAUGUGAAGAUUCUGAAAUAACAACAUUAUCGUUUUGCCCGGUCUUCUAUAACUACAUGCCCCAAAAUCAUAACAUUAAGAAACAAGAGCCACAAAUUAAUCAACCAAUCACUCAGGAAAUAACAGUAAAUAAGGAAGAGAAAAUAAUUAAAGAAGUUGAGAAUCUUACAAAUAAACUACAAACAGAUUGUGUUUUAACCAAACCAAAAGAAGAACCCAUCAAAUUGACAAAAGCAAAUGUAUGGUCGAAUUUAAAAUUUCCUGACGAUGAUGAAAAUAUAAUGGGUGAUGAUGAUAAUAACUCGAUUUUAGAUGAAGGUCCAUCACCUACCACAGACGAUAGCGUAAAUGAUUUUCUUGAAGAAUGUUCUAAAUUACAAAAGGAAAUACAAAAAGUAUGUCAUAAUUUAUCUGAUGACACGUCACCUAUCUCAAAGAAAAAAAUUGAGAAGAAAAAUAUAUUCACUGUUUCGGAUGAACCUACAGCGGAUUCUACCACGUAUGAUUUCCUGGAUACUAGUACAGAAAGUACAGCCGAAAAAGAUGAAAACGUUAUAGAAAAUGUGGUUGAAAAAAAUGUCGUGCUAACUCCAUCCACCAGUGAUGCCAAUCAAGUUUUGGAUAAUUUGUUAUUGUUGAAGACAUUAAAGAAUAAUGUCGAUGCGUCUCUAGCAUCAUCGUUAGUAGUUGAAGUGGACGAAUCUAUUGAUAAUGAAACUAUUGACAAUGUUAGCGAAUUUAGCGAACGUGACGAGAGAACCCCGGACAUACAAUUAAAUACACCUGACAGUAUUUGUGAAAUUGAAGAAACCACUGCAACAAUGAAAAAUAUUAACCUAUCAUCUACAACUAUCUUUCCUCAAACAGAUAUAUUUCAAAAUCAAAUGUGUUUGUUAUUAGCUGUUUGCAGUAAAUACAAUUCUCCAUCAAUUUGGCGUAUUGAAGAAAAUGGACGAUUGAGUAAACAAUUUCAAAUACCAUUUGUUAAAAGAAAGAAUAAACCAAAACGAUUUGAACCAAUUGUCAAGAAAUCGGUCUAUUGGGCUACUCCCACAUUAAUAUUAUAUUCAACAGAUACUGGAAGUUUAUGCGCUUGGGAUUAUUUCGUUGACAAACGAAAUCCUGAUCAAAAAAGUCGUCUCAUACAUUCUGAUCACAAAAAUAAGGGAAUUUAUGCAAUUUCUACUCCAUACUAUAUAGAAGAAGAAAAUGGAACACUGGAAAAAUUGGAUAAAUGGAAAAAUUGUGUAUGGACUUUUGGUAUGGACAGAUCUAUAAUUUGUACAAGCUUAUCAGUGGAUCGCACUUGUCUAUAUUAUUUCCCAACAGCAAAUGGUUUUAUUUAUAGUAUUUCAAUAUCACCAUUAGAUCCUAACAGAGUGGCAAUUGGAUGUGGUGAUUAUACAAUUCGUUUGUUUGAUAUUAGCCGUCCCCAUACGAACAUAGUUAAUAUGACAUCCGUAAAUCAAAAUAUUAAAUCGAAAGUUAUGGUAACAACUUGGCAUCCAACCAAAGAAAAUUGCUUAGUAUUUUCGUUACAUGAUGGAAAAAUUGGCUUAAUGGAUCCGAGUGCACCUACAAAACCGGUUGUUUAUCUACAACAGUAUACUCAUUCAGCAAUUUAUAGUCUUACAUGGGGUCCAUUACCUGCACAACCAAAUCAAUUUUUCUUAUACGCAUGUGCUGAUGGGGCUUGUAUUGCAUAUGAUGUGAAAAGCAAAGAAAAAGGGCCUGUUGUAAUUAAUUUUGAAAAGUCUGAUACAUUAAAAAUAUCCGAAGCGGCAUGGAAACCAGAUUAUAAAAUAUUAACACUUGGAUCUAAAGAUGGUACUAUAAUAUUUUUAACACCAGAUUUCAAAGUAUUAUGUACAAUUUAUGACUUUAAAAAAUCAAUACAAACGUUAUCAUGGCAUCCACAAAUGACAGCCGAAGAUAAUGAAGAAUCAAAACAUUCAAAAUAUUUAGCAGUUGGAACGUAUGAUAGUAAAGUAGUGGUUUAUGAUUGUGAAAAUCUUCUUUCCGGUGAACGACCAAACAUUAUUGCUAAAUUAGAAGGCCAUACAGCAAGCAUUAAUGUUGUUACAUGGAGUCCUCAUUCAGGAAAUAUACUUAUGACUGGUGCAUCCGAUGGUACAGUUCGAAUUUGGAACGUAGCUUCAAAAACUCUAAUCAGUACAUUUUAUACUGGUAAUAGCCAUAUUUAUACUUCGACUUGGAGUCCAUUUAAUUCUGAUAUAAUAAUGUCAGGUGGGCGUGAUUGUAUCUUCUAUAUUUGGAAAAUAUCUGAAAAUCCACCAAUUUUAGACAUAAUAAAACCACCUAUGCCGUCUUCAUCAAAUGCUUCAAUUGAGAAUUCAACAACAAAAUAUGAUCAAAAAAUCAACGAAACCAUUAAUGAUGAUAAUCAAAUUAAUGAUAAAGAUGCAAAAAUUGAAAUAACACAAAAAAAUAAGAAGUCAUCAUAUUUACCACAUUUAAAUUGUUAUCAAAAUACUGAGGAUAUAAAUACUCGAUUAAUUGAAAAACUAGUGAGAAAAUUUCAUGAUUCUGAAACAACUGAAAAUAAAGAAAAUAACGAUAAUGUGUUUGAAUUAUACGAUCUCACUAAUUUAUUUGGUUCUGCGGAUGAUGUACUAAAGUUACUUGAUGCAGAACAAAAUGAUCUUAAAGCCCAUGGUCGUAGUGUUGCGGAUCAAAAUAUUUCAUUGUGGCGUGGAAAUAUUAAGCCAAUGAUUGAAUCAGCGAUAGAGAAGAAAGCACUCACACCAUGGCUAGUCAAUUUAGCACCAAUGGUUUCUAUUAGAUGUUGGCGUGAAUCGUGUGCUGCGUAUGCAGAACAGUUAAUUGGGUCAAAUAAUCAUUUAGAAGCUUUAUCAUAUUAUUUAGCUAUAAAUGAUGUAGAAAAUGGCAUUAAAACAUUAAUCAGUGGUAAAUAUUAUAAAGAAGCUUUAAUUAUAGCAAAAAUACGAUUAUCUAAUGAUGAUCCAUGGAUUAAGGAUAUAUUACUCAAAUGGGCCGAAUUUUCUGUUUCUAAUGGUUCAAUAGAAAUAGCAGCUCAUUGUUACAUUACAUUGGGAGAUCUUAGCGCAGCCGCAAAAAUACUAGCAAGACGUUGUAAUUUGAAAUCACUCAAAAUAGCAUUAGAUUUAGCAAAACGCGCUGAAAAUAAAGAUUUAACCGAAUCUAUUGAAAUACGUAUUAAGGAAAUAACUAAUGAAAAAUUAUUAAGUGAACCAGAUUCAAAUUCAAGCGAUUUGAAAGAACUUCCAACUAGAAUUGAACUCCACUUAAAUGAAUGUAAAAAGACUGAAAAUGAUACAAGUUUAAAGACUGAAAACGAGGAUAAAGUGGUUUUAAACACAAAAAAUAAAGAUGUUGAAAACGAGAAUUGAAUACCAGAAAUAGAUAGUGAAAAUAUUCCUAGCAAUGAUGAAAAACAUGUUGAACCAUAAGCGGAGAAAUCAAUUACUAUUUCUCUAUAAUUUUGUUGUUGUUUAUACGCUUAAAAAGUGACGCUGCUUAAAUGACCCUUUCCAUACACUUGAGACUAUUUAUGAAUAAUUUAUUUUUUAAAUUUGAAAAAAGUAGAAUAUGAACACAAGAAGUGGUAGAGGAUAGAGCGAUUUAAUCCAAGAGCUGGUAACACAUUUAGAGCUCUGAUUUGACCCCUCUAGUUAGCUUAAGUAUCGUCCAUGAUACUUGUAUAGAGAAUAAUUGGUCUCGCCGGCUUUCACAGGUGGGGCAGAAAAUGAUAUUCUUAGUAAAUAAAUGAAUAUUUUUAUACGGUUCCAAAUAAUUAUAAAGAAAAACCCAUAAAAAAUUUUGAUAAGUUUUUGAAUUUACACUCUGUUUCAAUUAUUUUUAAGAUUUAUUUUCGUUUUUCUUUAUGAUUUCUCUCGAUUUUUAUUCUCGAUACGAAUGAAUUUAUUAUUGAUAAUAAAAUAGAACUUUUCUUAUUUCAUGUUGGGUCAGUAAAAUUUUUCAACAUUAUAUUUUAUCAUACUUUUACCUUACGUAGUACUUGUCCCAUCAGUGAAUGCCAGCGAGGCUAAUCAUUCCCUAUAAAACUAUCAUAGACGAUACUUUAAAACUAUAUAACUAGACCGAUCAAACCCAUGCUCUAAAUGUAUCACCAGCUCUUGGACUAUAUCAUCGCUUUUUGUGUUAUCUAAUCACGGUUAUUAAAAUAAAAGUUCACUUUUGAAUCAUUUUUGUUUAUUUACGAUACUCCAGACAAAUAUUCAUAGAAUUAAAAGUGAAUACUCUUGUCAGUGUUGAAUAGUAUUAACG